CUGCUGGUCUUUCGGUCAAGCUCUCUCUCUCUGUCUUUCUGACUUUUGGACAGAUCCUCCCAUCUGCGUUCGCCACGUCGGACAUGGCAAGCAGUCAUGUCCCAGGUAGCUCGGCAACCCAGCAUGUGUCGGUAUCGCCGGGGACGACCGCCUCAUCUCCCAAAGCUGGGCACUAUCGGACCUCCUUAGAGGCCGCUUUGCUCAAGGGCAAUUGGACAGAUGGGUCAGCCGGAAAAGCUCCGAACGGGACUGAUCUGAGCUGGUCAGAGCUGAUCAGGAAAUGGGGCAAACAUACUGGAGGUGACGUAUCUCUUCUACAUCAUUUACGGAAUAUUUCCAUCCUCUAUGCUGCGCCCACCUCUCACCCAUCGUCAUCAAAGACAUACUUCACACUCCACCCUCACGACUCUUCGAGCUCUUCAGAGCGCUUUAACCAGCAUGGACUCCCCGCUUCGGCCGUCCCUGGACCGAGCGAAGGUGAAUCCCAUUCGACAGGUGCAAGGUCUAGUCUUCAUAUCCCACAUCCACAUCUACGACGUUCGAAAUCUCAUACCGAGAUAAAAGAGACAGAGGAUGAAUCUUCUCCAUUGGCCAUCACGACUUCGAACACGUUUGCUGUCCCUGAUACCAGUAGAGGAGACGAUGAUGGACCAGAGGAGGAAGCUUGGAGCUCAGGUCCAAGCUGGUGGACCGGUGCCAGCCUUGAUAAGACCGAGGAGAUUGAGAAAGGAAUCAAGGAAAUCGAAGCCAUCAUAAGUAGUGGGAAACUAAGUGCAGAGCAGUUACAGAUUGCUCGGACAGUCCUUGCUCAACAUCUCAGUGCAAUCGGCAGACAUGAGGAAGUUUUAAGUCGCCUGGAAUCAGCUGGAAACCAUCCAAAUGCCAGUGAAGAUUCCAUUUCCCUCCUGAGCCGUAUACGCGCUGCUUGUCUGAGAGGUAUCGCACUAGAGCUAUCGCCAUCAGCGGAUGAUGAGGCCGCUAUCACCGCCUACACAUCCACAAUCGGUCUCCUCGCCAGAUCCCAGCUCUCCGUCCCAGUCCCCGCAUACAUGACUUCAUCUUCCAAAUCACCUGCCUCCGCGCCGUUUGACUCUCGUCUCGAGCUAUAUCGAUGGCUCUCCACAUCUCUGUCUCGCGCAUCCAUCCUUGCAGCUCGCCAACCUCAUACCACAUCCAGAUUAUUGCCCAUUUUACGCACCUAUCACGCUUAUGCCGACUCGUGGGGAUCAUCUUUCCGCCCCAUUCAAAGACAACGGAUGAUUCUACUGUAUCUUCGCGCGUUGUACGCUGGGUAUCCGCCAGCUGGAGUUCCGUGUACAUCCCCUUAUCUUCUUGACGGAUCGAUACCAGUUCCAACGGCAGACGCGAGGACGACAUGGCGUUCGGAGGUCAUGGAAGCAUUACGGCAAGCUCGUCAGCUGCUCGCGGCGACAACAACGUUUCCCCGCGCAGGAUCGAUCAAUCAUCCCGUUGCCGCCUUUGUGGAUCUUGUGGCCGCUCUGGCGGACAAAUGUCCACUAUUGAGUCGGGAUGCGAUCUCCGUCAUGUGGUGGGCCAUGUCGUACACCUUCCAAUCACUUUCAGUCCUUCGACAUUUGACACGACUCCUGGCGGCUGUGGGCGAUUCCGAAGAUUCAAGGAGAACAUUCGAGCUUUAUGUGAAGCUUGUUCUGAAGGAUAGAGAGACACAUCAACCCGAAGUCACCUUACAGCUCAAGCGUCGGCCAACCGAGGACGAGGCGGCUCCGACCGCAGUGAUACAGCAGGACGCUGCGAGGGCAGAACAAGCAAAAGAGGAAUCAGACGGAAAAGGACCUUCACAACAGGCGGAAGCUCAGAGUGAAAGCGACCAAGAUUUCGUCGGAUGUCUCCUGGUCGGAGCGAGACUGUUGUUGAGGAACCUUGGGGACGCAGAAGAGGCUUGGCGAUAUGUUUGCCUGGCUGGCGACGUCAUUCGGAACGCAUCACAGGGAGGCGAAACAUGGCUCAGUCCCAGGAUCCGGGGCGAGGUAGAAGAAUGUAAAGGAAUAAUCAGGAUGGCAAUGGGCAUGAGGGCAGGAGAUCCAGUCACUCGGCCUUCUUACCAGGCUCAAGCACUCAACCACCUCUCUCUAGCCACCGAACUCGACAAGACAUCUGCGACUGCUUUCUACCACCUUUCGUAUUGCCAAGCUGAAGCCCGCUCGAUCGACGCUGCUACAGACUCCAUACGUCGGGCAUUAGAGCUAGAGUCCAAGAACAUCCAAUCUUGGCACUUGCUCAGUCUGCUGCUCACUGCUCAGGGUGAUUGGGAAGCAGCGGCUAAAGCUGGAGAAGCUGGAGUCAGCGUGUGGGAGCAAGAAGAAGAGCGAGAAAUGAGAGAAUCGGAGGGAUCAGGAGUCGGUGGGAAUCCAGACGGACAGAAUCCCACGGUGGACGCAAAGGAUUUCGCCGUGAUUGACGGACAGAGCGCCCCCGUAAUUUCCGCCUCGACUAUUGGCAUAGCAUCGAACAACGAACCUCUGUUGCUUCCGUCAGGCGAGUUCAAACCCACUCGAGUCAUGACUGCACCAAACUAUCCACCCUCUGUGACCCGGGUGGUCAGACUCGAACAGGUCAUCCGACUUCGCAUGACCCUCAAUGUCAUUGCUGAAAAGCUACAUGGACCCGAACUCGCCAUGUUGAAGCAACAGGAACUGUUCUCCUUCUUCUCCGCUCGAUCGGGGAAGAACAGAGGUCAAGCGGGUGGAAUCUCGAAAGUGUUACCUAGCUCAAUGUCCAGUAUGAGCUUUGGCGCCCCAGCCACCCAUGCGGAAGGCAAGCCAGUAGAGGAGAGCUUUGUGGAUCUUACAUUGGAUGCGGAUCAUGCCGAGGCAGGGAGGAUGGAGAUCGAGACCGUGGCCGUACAACCUCCGACGCCGGUCGUAUCGCAGUCUGUACCCCUGUUCCCAGAAUCUCACCCUCCGUCUGGCUCCACAGCGCCUGAAUCGGCUCGUCGGUCUUUAGAAUCCCCCGGCGAAUCAUCGCCUAUCACUUCUGAUACUGAUUCGCCUCGAUCGAGCACACCAGGAAGUGUUCAGCCUCCUCGCGGUCCCCGUAGACGAAGCUUCACUGGUGGGCGCAGUCUAUCUGGUACUAAACGGCUCGUGGCGAAACAUUUACAUGUCCCUCAAUCGCGAAGUCGGCCCAGCAGCGUGAGGAGGCCUUCUGACAAGCAGGAUCAGCUUUCGCUGAACCGCAGCCGAACGGCGUCCUCGUCCUCUGCCGCACUAUCUAUCGCUCCCACCGCUGUACACUCGCAUUUCCGUCAAUCGGCCGGCAAUGCCCGCUUGCCCCCGCCUCCGCCCAUCAUUCAAACACCCGACCAUGGUCGAACCCCAGCUGAAAGUCGCAUAUUGUCUAAUCUCUGGCUCAUGUCCGCCGCGACAUUCAGACGUUGGGGCAAACUCGAGCAGAGUCUCGUUUCCAUUGAAGAGGCCGAGGUGCUGGAUCCUGAAAAUCAUCUCGUCUGGGUUCAACUUGGGCUCUACUACUGCGCUCUACCAGUCCCGGAACAUGAAGCUGCCCUACCGGCAUUCACAAAGGCUAUCCUGUUGAAACCUGAUCAUCCGCCUGGCAUUGUGGCUUUGGCCAAGCUAUACCUCUCAACAGGUUCCAUCGACCUAGCUCACGGGUUACUCAAUCAAGUAACUCAGGAUUUCGGAUGGGACAGUGCAGAUGCUUGGUUUUACCUGGGGAAAUGUUGUGAAAUGCAAGAAAGACAUGAACGAGCGAGGGAAUUUUGGACUUUUGCUCUGGGUCUGGAAGAGACAAGACCAGCGAGGAGAUGGAGUGAUAGUGUUGAUCGGUGGCUGUAACUGCUAUGGAUGUCGAAGAAUGAAACACUGUGUCAUGAGAGUCGGAACACAGGCAUGAUAAUCUCACCACAUGAUGAGAUUCGAAAGGCGGACAUCCGAAGGAUCUCCGAG